GUCUUCUUCUUCUUCGUGCGUAAGUCGUGGCUUAGAGUGGAAAACGCCAAAAGCGUUGCGCGAAAAAGGGAAAAUCCGUGAUAAUUAAAGUAAAAAAGUCUUAUCACACUGCAAAAGGGGAUAAAAGUGAGUGCGUUGAGUGGUGUCCCAAGCGCUAAAUGCAUCCAUUUCGGUACAAUUAGUGCUGGUGUGUUGAUUGUGGCCAGAGGGGUCGCCCCGAAAAGUUAUCCCGAGAGAAAGAGAGAAAAAUGAUUGUCUCGUGAUCCCGAACACUCUGUGCAAAGGCAGUGAAAAAUUCGCCAUUUUGUGUUCUUGUUUUUUAAAUAACAUACAAAUUGUUGGGUUUUUCGUUGGUUCGUCGCUUCUUUUUUGGCCUCUUUUCAUCACCCUCAUUUCACACACCGUGCUUAUCAACCCCCUCGGCGAGCGGGCGACACGGCAAAGGGGGAGCGCGAGCGGAUAUCACACACCAUCCUCCCAGGCGCCACACCAUUGGGCCAGCAGAGUUGCGAGAGUGACCGUCACGCGGGUCCGUAGUGAUUCUCUCAGGGCGAUUUGGGGGUGCCUGUGACCGCGGAUGCACCCCACCGGACGUGCCAGCUGAGCGACUGCGUGGAGCACCCCAGGGGCCGCCAGAGGCCAAGGCGACACGGGGCCAGAGCCUCCAACAGUGACACGAGCGACGCCCACGGCCCGCCGAGGCGACGAGUGGACACCCCGUGGGCUCCCCAGACGGCCCACCCUCGCCACCACCCCCGCCCGUCACUGCAUCAACACGGAAUAAAUUGGGUCAAUAAUCAAGAUGGAGCACCACAAACUGAUUCCAUUUCUGCGAUAUUCACUGGCACUUUUGCUAUUUUUAGCGAUUUCGGCACAAGCAAGAGGAGGAUAUAAAGCAAAUAAUCUGUACUCAACUGUCUACAUUGGGCCAUCGCAUGUAAAUGUGGGUCAACCUUUUUCAAUAACCUGCACUGUAUCGAUAAGUGAGUCCAUUCAGUGGAUGAAAGACGGUGAAAUGCUUGAAAAAUACAGCAAAUUAAUGGGGCAUCAUGUGAGUCAGGAGAACUCAUAUGUUCUUACCGAAUCUGACGUUGAAGACGGUGAGAACAUCCUCCUGGCGACGCUGAGCGUGAGCCAGGCGCAGCCAUGGCACGAGGGAAAGUACCAGUGCAAUAGAGUCCAUCCGAAUUCGCACUACUUGAGAGUCGUGGUGAACAGCGGCAGCAAUAGGGCGGAUUUGCAUAGACAUCGGCAGCGGGAGCACCAUGGGAGGGCGACCACGACGACGAUGGUCGCUGAGAUUGAUGUCGUGGCGUCACAAUUGACGUCGUCGAGGCCAGCGACUACAGUGGAUCUGGACAUUGGGGACGAUGGUACCACGAGCGAGAUUGGUAAUGAUGAUGUCGACAGUCAAAUUGACGCCGGCACGAGCACUACAGGGCGUGAGAUGGUCGCUCUGGAGGAUGACUUCGAGGGCACUGUGCUGGUGGGGUGGGAGAGCGAUGGCGAUGGCGACGGCGGAGUAGACGAUGAUUUAGUGGUUGAUAUUGAGGAUGAUGGGGGGAAGGGGGGGAAAAUUGAGAAGGAAAAUGCUCAAGUCAAUGAAUUGGCCGACGACAAGAGUGGCGAGUCCGCUGCGGGAGUCAGUGAUGACGUGAGUGAGGCGACGGGACAUCUUCACUACACGGUGGAUGUGGUGGCAGAUAUUGAGGAAUUAUCGACGACGAGUGGUGUCAGCGCUCACGGAAGUGAGAGUGAUGCCGGGAGACAUGGAGUGGAUGCAAAUGGUGUGGAAAUUGACGGUGGAGCGGCAGGAGGCGCACGUGAGACUUUCACAGAAAGCACUGCUCAAAAAGAUAAACAACUGGAGAAGCUUGUCGUGAGCAAGGGUGAUGUUCUAGUUCCAAAUUACGAUCAUACAGAAGCUAAAUUAAAAGUAUUUGAAAUAAGACAUCCACUGGUACUGUUCUGCAAUGUAACAGAGGCAGGAAACCACGAACUUCAAUGGUCUAGAAACGGCACCAGUGUGGAAAAUGUGGCGGAAUUAAAGGGCAGAUACACGAUACUUAAGUCUGAAUAUAAACUCGUGAUUGAUCGAACCCAGGAAUCCGAUGCUGGAUUGUAUACGUGUAGCCUCCCGCAUUUAGCACAAAGUAAAGAUAUAAAUGUAGUCGCAAAUGUCUACGUUAAAUUACCAUCUAAUAUGGCUGUAAUUGAGGGAGAAAAAUUACAAAUUCAGUGUAUAGUCGUUGGAACGAAUCCAGAAAUUAAUUGGACAAUUCUCGAUAAUAUAACGUCACCUGAAGCAAAUAGUAAAAUAUCAUAUUUACCAGAUGAGAGAAAUAUUAAAAAUGCAAUUUUAGUGAUUGAGAGUGCCCAACUCACGGAUCGUGGGAAUUAUUCAUGUGAAGCAAAUAAUUUAGCGACAGUGCAUCGCAUUACAAAGCCCGCGGUGGCUGUAACGUUUCUGCGAGUAAAAGGUAAACUCGCCGCACUUUGGCCCUUCCUAGGAAUUUGUGCCGAAGUGUUCAUUCUCUGUGCCAUAAUUUUAGUCUACGAGAAGCGACGAAAUAAGGCAGAUCCCGAUGAGAGUGAUACAGAUCAGAGUCCUGAACAGAAGAAGAAAAGGAUGAUAUCUAAAAAUUAUGACUGAGAGUGUGUUUCAAAUGUUCAGAUAAAAAAAACAGAGAUAAAGACAUUAUAGAAAGAGAGAUGUAUAGAACGAGAGGGAAAUAUGUUGGAGCCCAUCAAGGUACUUUUGAGUGGAUAGAGAAUACCAGAAAAGAAUAUGAUUAGAAAAAGUAACUUGAAACACAGAAGAAAUUGAGAAAGCAAUCAAGUGAUAAAAAAAUAUGAGAAUUUUCCUCUAAAUUCGUUCACAUAAGCCGAAAGGAGAUGAAUCAGGAGAGAAGGGAAAGAGUAAUCUUGCAACACUGCACGAGCUUCAAGGAUGGUGUGUUAAGUGUGGAUGAAAUCAGCGAAACGGGGAAUAAAUGCUUUAACUUCGUGAAAAAAAACAAACAUUUAAACAGUGUGAGAAUCGUUAAACAUAAGAAUACCGGCAAGAAAACAUAAAUAAAUAUGGACAAUUCAGGAGAAGGGAACAGAGAAGGGAGAUCAAAUCAAAUUUAGAGGGACGGAAGAAAGCACAGUUCAGAAUGAGUGAUUCAGCUUAACAGCAUUGAAGGGGCGUGAAAAGAAAAUCUACUCGUACUAGAAACUAAUAAAAUGAAAAUACCUUUCACCUUGAAAAUACAUAGGACAUUGUAAAGCAAGAAAUAAUAUAAAUAUUACUAAUUUAACAUAAGUAUAGUUUAUAUUUUUGCUUAUUGAACGAUACCUAAAUUAAAAGAAAGAAAAAAAACAAUUAUUUAUAUUGUAAAUAACAAGAAGAGGAGAAAUUUCUUAAGAGAAAAAUAGAGAACAACAAGUUUAAGGCGAGAUUAUGUGAAGUAAAGAAAAAAUUCUAGGAUUACCAAACAGUGAGAUUAAAAUUAGACAAAACAGAAAACAAUGUAAUUUCACUAGAAUGAAUGAUGAGAGCAAAACUACUUACCCAUCUUUUUCCUCUAAAAUUGACGAACGGAGAUUGGACAAAAUUAUUCUUAUAACUUAUGGUGAGCGAAAGAGAGAAAGAGCAGGAAGGCUAAAUGAUAGAUAAAAGUCCUGAGUUAAACUACUGCGAAUAGGAAAAAAAAAUACCUUUUAUUCUGUUUAGAUAAAUAAAACCAAUUUAAAUAUUGUAAUUAUAAAUUAGUGAAAAAGAAAGCGCGAAGAGAACAGAGAAAAUGUGGGAGAAAGAAACUUAUUGAAAUUAGAAAUUAAUUAUUUAAAAAAAAAACAUAUUUUAGAUGCGCCUUUAUUAAUUGCGUAACUUAAGAGACAACUCUAAGAAUUAAGAAUAUUUGAAGGAAAAAAAAUCAUUGAGGAAAAUUCCGUGUAAUCAUUAUUAAGGUGAAAAAGUUCAUCACACGCAACUCUAAAAACAAGAGAAUCACUUUUAAAAAGUAAUGUAAACACACAUUAACACAUUAUGUAAGUAAAAAAAAAGUUGAGAUGAAGUGAAGGAUCUUAAACAGAGUGUUCGCUUUAGUGUUAAACGGUGAUGAAGAAGGAUUCAAUGAAGUCAUAUAAAAAUAGUCACAUGAAGGCAAAAAUCUAUUUCGAAUCAUGCCAUUAAAACAUCCCAUUUAACAGAUUAAGAGAGAGAAAAAAGGGAGAGAAAUCACACCAUUGAAAGGUCAGAGAUACAACAUAUACCAUAAACUCACUAAAAGAUGAAUUGUAGAAACUGUAUUUCUCUUUACUAAAUUUCAUUGUAAAGGAUAAAAGUGAGAAAAUGAUGAUAAAACAAGUUAAAUUAAAAUUUUAACGUGUUCAUAGCCUUUCGUAUUGCAAUAAGUAAAAAUAACUUUAAAGAAAAAAAAUGAAGGAAAAUGUGAAGACAUAAAUAUAAAAGUGAAAUAAUCUUAAUUGCCAUUGAAGUCACCACAUAAGGAUAAAAGAGAAAAAAACAGAAAAUACAUCCCUUAACAAACUAAUAAAGGAAAAAAACACAGAACUACAAGCUUUCUAAUUCGUUAUGAUUUUUUUGUUACUUAAAUGUAUAAAAAAAAUAGAAGAGAACUAUUAUUGAAGAACAUUAAAAAAAAGAGGUCUAAUAUAAGGUUAAUCUAAUGCGUAAUUUAAAUUUGAAAAUGAAAACUAAGAAAAAAAUCUUUGCACUUCCUCUUUAACAUUAAUAUUUAAAAAAUGAAAUGAAAAACAACUACUCUUUAGGAAAAGAGAAGCAAAAAAACAUAAAAAAUAUUAUAAAGGGUAUAUAAAUAAAUAAAAAUAAAAUAAACGUAAACAACAACAGCAUUUAGAAGCACUGAAUUGUAAUAAAAAAGAGAGAAAAAAAGUGAAAAAACAGCAGGUGACAUAUGAAAGAGAGCGAGAGAAACUCGGAAUGACAGCAAGGGAUAGAGAUAUUUAAAAAAAAAUCGCAUAAACUCCACUAACAAAAUGACGAUGAAAAAUUAAAAAAUAUGGACUAUUGCCAGAUUAUGAUGAAUUUUUCAUUGUCAUGUAAGGCAUUAUAAAAAAAAUCACUCCCAUGAAUUAAAUUUAUAUGAUAGGUGAACUAAAUAAUAAAAGAAGAGCAUGUGAAAAACUCUAUCACGUGAGAAUAUUGUUAUCUUUCUUUACAAAAAAAAAGAAAAA